AUACAUGCAUUGCGGCUUUUUGAAAUUAAAAUUCGAUGCAAUUUAACUGAUAAUGCAUUUAAUGAAAUAAUGAAAGCUGUAUGCAAUACUCCAAUCAGUAUUUACCAAAUAAAAACUACAUUGAAAAAGUUAGUUGACAUUGAACCACAAUGGGUUGACAUGUGUAUUAACACUUGUUGUGCAUAUACUGGACAAUUUGAGAAUAAAACACAAUGCCCUUAUUGUGCUGCAUUCAGAUAUCAAGAAAUUGAUCAAAAUCACCAAAAAAAACCACGUUAUCAAUUUGCAUAUUUUUCUCUUAAAAAGCGUUUAAGAAUACAGUAUGAAGAUUCAAAUCGUGUAGAUGAAUUACGAUAUCGAUACACGUAUAUGUCACGUGAUGGAUUUGGUAAUGAUGGCAAAGUAGGAGAUGUAUUUGAUGGUAAAUGUUAUUUGGAUCUUUUAAAAAUGGGAUAUUUUCAAGAUGAACAUGAUAUUGCACUAAUUGGAUCUGUUGAUGGUUACCAGAUCUUUCGACAAAAA